AUGACUUCUCAUAGUACUUCCGGCACUGCAACCAUUGACUUGCCCAGCACAGGAACAUUUAGCAUCCCAGCAGUAGCGCCGCUGUCCAUUGUCAAUGGGCGAUUGAACACCACUGUCUUGGAAACUGGUACCACUUAUGGCGGAGUUGCAAGAUGGGGAGAUGAACCACACGAAUUUGGGAUGCGCAGGCUGGCUGGAACGAAGGAAGACGGAGCCAUGAGGAAUUGGUUUCUCAAUGAGUGUAAAACUCUCGGCUGCGAAAUCAAAAUCGAUCAAAUCGGCAAUAUUUUUGCUGUUUUUCCAGGUAAAAACCCUGGUAAGCCUACGGCCACAGGCUCUCACCUAGAUACUCAGCCAGAAGCCGGCAAAUACGAUGGAAUUUUGGGCGUUUUGGCAGGCUUGGAGGUUUUACGAACUUUCAAAGACAACAAUUAUGUUCCUCACUAUGACGUUUGUGUCGUGGUUUGGUUUAACGAGGAGGGCGCUCGUUUUGCGAGGUCCUGUACUGGGUCCAGUGUCUGGUCCCAUGAUUUGCCGUUGAAAGAGGCUUACGAACUUAUGUCGAUUGGCGAGACGGAGUCCGAGUCUGUUUUCGACUCAUUGAGCAAGAUUGGAUACAUCGGCGAUGUUCCCGCGUCGUACAAGGACAACGAAAUUGAUGCCCACUUUGAGUUGCAUAUCGAGCAAGGUCCAAUUUUAGAAGACGAGCAGAAAUCAAUAGGUAUUGUCACAGGAGUCCAGGCCUAUAAGUGGGAAAAGAUCACAGUGAGCGGCGAAGGUGCACAUGCGGGCACCACGCCCUGGAGAUGUAGGAAAGACGCUCUACUUGUAUCAGCCAAGAUGAUUGUCGUUGCCUCUGAGAUUGCUAAAAAACAUCAAGGCUUGUUUACAUGUGGUGUGAUUGACGCCAAGCCUUAUUCUGUGAACAUCAUACCUGGCGAAGUUUCGUUUACUCUAGACUUUAGACAUCCUUCAGAUGAAACCUUGGAAGCUAUUCUUGCAGAAGCUCACGGAGAGUUUGAUCGCAUCGUCAAGGAUAACACUGCUGGAGCAUUAGAUUACCGUACAGAAGUCCUUCAGGUUUCACCAGCGGUCAAGUUUGAUCAAACUUGCAUCGAGUGCGUAACUAGAUCUGCGCUCGCUCAAUUUCCCGAAAGCGAGGUCCGUCAGAUAUGGUCAGGCGCAGGACAUGAUUCUUGUCAAACCGCCCCUCACGUUGCAACUUCAAUGAUAUUCAUUCCUUCUAAAGAUGGUUUGUCUCAUAAUUAUCACGAAUACUCUUCUCCUGAAGAAGUUGAGAAUGGCUUCAAGGUUCUUCUGCAUGCCAUUGUCAAUUAUGACAACUUCAGAGCCAUGAGGGGACAUUGA